AUCACCUCCAGAGUACACCCACACAGGCCCCGGUACCUCCGCACUGCCCGCCAGGCCCACCCCUGGCAGGAUCUCAGAGGGCAGCAUUGCUGCAACAGGCGUGGCCGGCCUCCUCCUGCAGGAUCACCCGCUGUUGGGACAGGCCGCGCUGUGUGGGCAGGCGCUAGUGUAGGCAGACCCAGCCUCUCUCUUUUUUUUUGUUAAUGAAAGUUCCAGGAACAUCGUCUUCCUGCCCUGCCAGUUGAUCCAAUAGCGACAACAGCCCCCAUCUGACCCUUACUACGAUACCACUGACGGCGGGGGUAGAGGCAUAGGACAGGCGCUGCUGGCAGUGCAGGGGGCAUCUGGGCAUUUCAAGGGGCACUGCCACCACCGUGGAUUCUGUACAGCACAGGAUGAUCUUUUCCAGUGUGCCCAUGAGGCUACCCACCGGGAAACUGCAGACCUAUGUUUCAUCAGCACAGCAUAUGGCUCCUCCCAGCCCCAGCAAUAGCAGCGGUGGUGGAGAAGGAGGAGGUGGCGGAGGCGGGGAACAGCUGAGCAAAACCAAUCUGUAUAUCAGAGGACUUCACCCCAGCACCACGGACCAAGACCUGGUGAAGCUCUGCCAGCCAUAUGGAAAAAUUGUGUCUACGAAGGCCAUUUUGGAUAAGACAACCAACAAAUGUAAAGGAUAUGGGUUUGUGGAUUUUGACAGUCCUGGAGCCGCUCAGAAAGCAGUCACUGCCCUGAAAGCCAGCGGGGUGCAAGCCCAAAUGGCAAAGCAACAGGAACAAGAUCCGACCAACCUGUACAUCUCCAACUUGCCUGUCAGCAUGGAUGAGCAGGAGCUGGAAUCACUGCUAAAACCUUUCGGGCAGGUCAUAUCCACUCGUAUCCUGCGGGAUGCUAGCGGAACUAGCCGAGGGGUUGGUUUUGCAAGAAUGGAGUCUACGGAGAAAUGUGAAGCUGUGAUUUCUCACUUCAAUGGCAAAUACAUGAAAAUGCCCCCUGGUGUCCCAGCACCCCAAGAUCCCUUGCUUUGCAAGUUUGCCGACGGAGGACAAAAAAAGAGGCAAACCCAGGGGAAGUAUAUUCAGAAUGGACGUGGCUGGCCACGAGACGGAGAGACGGGUGGAAUGACCUUAACCUAUGAUCCUACAACUGCUCUGCAGAAUGGGUUUUACACCACCCCAUACAGUAUUGCCCCCAACCGGGUGAUCGCUCAGGCAGCCCUCUCCCCAUACCUGCCAUCACCUGUUUCUUCUUAUCAGGUUCACAAUCCCUCCUGGAUGCAUCAUCAGUCUUACCUCAUGCAGCCUGCAGGUACUGUCCUCACUCCCACUAUGGACCAUGCUAUUUCCAUCCAGCCUGCUUCCAUGAUGGGACCUCUGACUCAACAGCUGGGACACCUGUCGCUGGGCAGCACGGGAGCGUAUAUGCCAGCUGCAGCUGCUAUGCAGGGGGCUUAUAUCCCCCAGUACCCGUCCGUGCCUUCUACUGUCUCCAUAGAGGAGAGCAGCGGGCAGCCUCAACAAGUCGCAGUGGAAACCACCACAGAACAUGCCGCUUACUCGUACCAGUGAAAGUAAGCGCAGGUUCACAUGUGGGAAUGAGUCAGCGCAGGAAGUGGCCAGAUGGAGAUCUGCAGGGCUGAACAUGAGGCUUUACUGAAAGCGGGAA